GAUCUGGUAUCAAAUAACCUAAUUAGCAAUCAAAGUGCCGAACUAUUCUGAAUAAUCGGAUCAUAUUAUUUUUGUUUUGAACAGAUGGGAACUAAGUCUCGUCAAAAGAAGACAUCGCUUUCACGAGGUUAUUCAACUUCUUCUACCGUGAUGAUGUUUGAUGAUGAUCCUGGAAUUAUGUCUGAGGUUGAAACGUCUAGUACUGGCUUUCGAAGAGGUGGAAAACAAAGGAGUAGUUUACCCGUUGUUCGAACACCUAGUAAAACACUUGAGCGACCAUUAGGAUUAGUUUUCCUACAAUUUAGAAAAGAAACUAAAAGAGCUUUGUUGCCGAAUGAAAUAACAAGUAUAGAUACUGUGAAAGCUCUUUUCGUUCGAAGUUUUCCAAAGCAACUUUCGAUGGAAUAUCUUGACAAUCCAGAUGUAAAAGUGUAUAUUCACGACAGUACUAAAGACAUGUUUUAUGAACUUGAAGAUCAUCGAUCACAUUUGAGAGACAUCAAAGAUCGCAGUGUUCUCAGAGUAAUCGAAAAAUCGGACAGGAUCAUAGGUCUGACUCCUGGUUUUGGAUCUAUAAUCAGUGAUGCUCCUAGUAUUUCUCCUUAUUGGGAAGAUCAAAGUUACUUCAGUGAACCUGAGUUUGACAGUGAUUUUCAACAUCAGCACAUUCACAAAAGCAAAGUAUGUUAUACAAGAUAUACUGUCGUUCUUUUUUUUAUGAAAGAUUUAAUAAAUAUCGAUGUUGAAUCUGUUUAGUCAAUAAUUAAUCGACAACCAACAGUUUC